AUGCUCAGCCAAAUUACUCGGGUCGCUCGCGCCCGCUCUGCCAUUGCCACCGUCUCGCGAUCGGUUCAGACAAGGACCUUUAUCGCUCCUACCGUCUCCCGCAGAGCCGACUUCGUCCAGGAGCUGUAUCUUAAGGAGCUCAAGGCCUACAAGAUGCCCGCCGUCAAGGAGUCCGACUCCGUCGGCCAGGUCCAGACCUUUGCCGAGCCCAAGACCCCCAAGUCCCCCGAGGAGGCCGACCUCGCCAGCAACCUGCAGGAGUACGAGAGCAUGGCCGUCGAGAUUGAGGGCCAGGACGCCGCCCAGCAGGCCUCCGGCACCCCCGCCGCCCUGCCCGACUGGCUCGAGGCCGAGGAGGAGGAGACCAAGCACUAA